AUGAGUGUAUUCAAGCUACCCAAAAGACUGUGCAAUGACAUCAAUGGCAUGUUUUCAAAAUUCUGGUGGGGUAAGCAACAGUCAGAAGGGGGAAUACAAUGGAGGAAGUGGGAUAAGAUGGGCAUGCACAAAGGAAGGGGUGGACUGGGUUUUAGGGACUUGGAGAGCUUUAAUUUAGCUCUCUUAGCUAAACAAGGAUGGAGGCUCACCAGGAAUUCUGAAUCUCUUGCGGCUGUGGUCUUCAAAAAAAAAUAUUUCAGGCAUACAAGUUUUAUGGAAGCUAAGCUUGGCUCACAACCAUCCCUUAUAUGGAGAAGUGUUUGGUUGGCUAGAGGCUUGUUGCAAGAAGGCUUAAGAUGGAAAGUAGGGGAUGGAAGUAAGAUAAAGAUCUGGGGUGAUAAGUGGCUCUCUACUCCAACAUCAUAUGCUGUACAGUCACCAGUAUCAGGUUUGCAGGGGGAAGCAAGGGUGGAAGAGCUGAUUGUCAAACACAAAAGGGAGUGGGAUGAAGUAAAGAUUCGGUCCAUUUUUUCAGAUGAGGAGGCAGAACAGAUAUUAAGUAUCCCCUUAAGCAGAGGUCAGGUACAAGACAAAAUCAUAUGGGGUCCAUCGAAAAAGGGUGUCUUUACAGUUAACAGUGCAUAUUACCUGCAAUUAGAAAGAAUUAGAAACAUCAAAGGGGGAAGUUCAGAGGAAGAGAAGGAAGAUAAGAGAUGGAGGAGUAUAUGGGAGUUGGAAGUGCCAAGGGUAGUCAAAAGUUGA